AUGGCAGACAAUUCAAAAUUGACCGACGAAGAAUUAUCAGAAAUCAGAGAACAGUUUUCACAGCUGGACACAAGCGGGAAUGGAUAUAUUGACUUGAAGGAGUUGAAAGACGCACUCGAUAGCGUGGGCUACAAAAUUCCACAAUGGAAGGUGCGAUGCAUGAUCGAAGAAUACUACGACAAUGGUGGCAAGACCGGACGCGGCGUCAACGGCAGCAUGAACGGCGACGCGAGGAAGAAUGGCAUCUCAUUAACAGAAUUUGAAGAACUUUGCGCCAAUCUGAAAGCACAACAGGUGUCAAGCACAUUCAAACAGGCUGUCAGUAAAAAGGAGAACCUUGAACAUUUAGGCGGCAUGAGCGAGGCUUCAAGCGAUGGUACAACACAUUCAGUGCGUCUAGAAGAACAAAUGGCGUUCUCUGGAUGGAUCAAUACUAACUUAGAGCACGAUCCUGAUCUCAAACACCUACUGCCCAUUGACCCUGAGGGCAAACAGCUGUAUGAGAAACUGAAGGACGGUUUAAUUUUGUGCAAAGUCAUCAACCACUCUUGUCCGGACACAAUCGACGAGCGAGCGAUCAACAAGAAGAACUUAACGCUGUAUACCAAACAUGAGAACCUCACUCUCGCCCUCGUCUCCUCACAGGCUAUUGGGUGUAAUAUCGUCAAUAUCGAUGCUCACGAUUUGGCUAAAGGUAAACCUCACUUGGUAUUGGGUCUACUCUGGCAGAUCAUUCGUAUUGGUCUCUUCAACCAGAUCACUUUGGAACACUGCCCCGGUCUCACAGAGCUUCUUAACGACCAGGAAAGAAUCGAGGAUCUCCUCGCACUGUCCCCAGAAGCCAUUUUACUUCGCUGGGUCAACCACCAAUUGCAGAGCGCGGGCGUCACCCGUCGCUGCACCAACUUCCAGCAAGAUGUCGCCGAUUCUGAGAUAUAUUCUUAUCUGCUGAAGCAAAUAGCGCCGGAUGAUGCUGGCGUCACCUUGGAUGCUUUGAGGGAAACCGACUUACUUCGACGUGCAGAAGUAAUGCUGCAGCAAGCUGCCAAACUGAGAUGCCGUGCCUUCGUGACGCCGGCCGACGUGGUGGGCGGCGUGUACAAGCUCAACCUUGCCUUCGUCGCCAAUUUGUUCAACCAGCACCCGGGCCUGCAACGAACAGACACCGACAACGAGGCCUACCACCAGCUGGAUGAGACUAGAGAGGAGAAAACGUACCGCAACUGGAUGAACUCCAUGGGCGUGGCGCCGCACGUCAACUGGCUGUACUCGGACCUCACGGACGGGCUCGUUAUCUUCCAGUUGUACGACAUCAUCAAACCCGGCAUUGUUAAUUGGAAGAAGGUACACCGUCAGUUCUCCAAAUUGCGCAAAUUCAUGGAGAGACUAGAGAAUUGCAACUACGCGGUGGAGCUCGGCCGCCAGCUCGGUUUCUCCCUCGUGGGUAUCGCCGGGGCUGAUAUUAACGAAGGAAACGCAACACUUACAUUGGCUCUGAUCUGGCAGCUGAUGCGCGCGUACACGCUGUCGGUGCUGACGCGGCUUGCCAACACCGGCAACCCCAUCAUCGAGCGCGAGAUCGUGCAGUGGGUCAACAACAAGCUGCAGGCCGCCGGCAAGGCGUCCUCCAUUAAGAGCUUCCAGGACGAAGUAUUGGCAGAUGCUGUAGUAGUUCUCGACCUCAUAGACGCGAUCAAACCCGGCGCCAUCAACUACGACCUCGUCCUGCAUGGAGGCACUGAGGAGGAUAAGUUAGCGAAUGCAAAAUAUGCGAUAUCAAUGGCGCGGCGUUGCGGCGCGCGUGUGUACGCGCUGCCCGAGGACAUCACCGAGAGGAAGCCCAAGAUGAUCAUGACGGUGUUCGCCUGCCUCAUGGCGCUCGACUACAUCCCGCUGUCGCCCGCGCAGCCCCCGCAGUCCGCCGCGUCUGAAGUGCAAGUCGUAGACAACUCGGGAUUCGAAGACCCACUCGUGAUGGACACUAUCGACGGGUCCAUAUUGAUUGUGAAUGAAGAAGAGAUUGCAGACUCAGCUUUAAGAGUACAGAUUCACGAAAAACCAGCGUUACCACCAAAACCUGAUAACUUGUCGCCGUUACCACGAUCUAUAUCAGUUUCCUCCACUAAAGAGGAAUUG